AUGAACUUCGAGAAAUAAGAAAGCUUUAUCUAAUUUGAGAGAUUUUAGAGUUCAUUAUCCGAAAAUUCUUAUAAUAGAAGUUCCUUUAAACAAAAAGAUUUUGAAUCACGAAACAGUUCGAUCAUCUUUGAUGUUCCCGAAUAACUCUAACGAAUUUUAUCAAUGAUAAAUAAGGAAAAUGUAGAAGAAAUGGAAAAUAAUAUAAUUAAACUCCAACAAAUAAGUGAAAAUGUGAAAUAAUUUAAGUCUUAGCUAAUAGAAUCAAUAGACAAAUAUAUUGGAAAUAUUGAUUAAUAUAUAGACUACAUCUAAAUAUAGAUGGGAAUAAUUCAUUAAAAAAUCUAAGAAAUUCCUUUAGAUAACUAAAUUGAAUUUUGUUUGAAAUAUUAAGAAAUUGAAAUCUAUCUACCAAAUUAUGCUGAAAUAAAAGAAAUUUUGUUAAAAAAUUUAGUCAUAUUAAACUCCUCAAAUAAAGUUAAUAACUUAGAACAAUAUAUAAAUUAGUUUGGUAUAGAAAAAUACAAGUUAUCAUAAGAGAUCCUAUAAAAUUUAACACAAGAAAAUUAGGAUAAACUCAAUAAUGUACAAUGUGAAAUUCAUCAAAGUUAAAUAAAAAUGGUACAUUUAAGUGAAGUAAGUUUAGUACCUCGAAGAUUAGCAUGUUUGACUUGUGUAGAGGAAUAUCCCUGUUAAUAUAUGAGAAUAGAAACAUUCUAAGAUGAAUGGUAGAUAUAACAAUAAAGAAAAUUAUUCUUAAUUAGAAAGGGAAAAUAUAAGUAUUUAAUGAAGCAUGUUAGUAGGAAAAUUAAAAUCUUAAUAAGUUUUAGUUUGAGAUCAAUGCUUUAAUUGAAUAAUAUAGAAAUAAAUUAAAUAACAAUUCCUAAAGUUAGUUAGAACAAUUAAGAAAAAAUUUGGUCUUAAAUUAAAAAAGAAAGAUUGAAUGAAAUUGUUGAAGCUUUUAGUAGAUCUAAUCAUAUGAAUGAAUUUGAAAAUAAAAACAAAUAAAUAUUCGCUCUUUGGCAAUAUAAAUCAAAAGUAGAAGUUAUGAUUUUCUCUUUAGAAACACGUUUAUUUUAUUGGAAGAUCAAGUUCCUGAAAUAAAACUUUCCUAAAUAAAGCAGUUUUAAAUAUUAGUCACUUAAAGAUUGCUCGGUAAAAUAGAAAGAAUUUUGUUACGCGAUUGCUAUCAGUUUAGAUUUAUCUAUCAUGGCUGCUAGUUGUAAACAAUAAAUUAGGAUAUUCGAAAUUAGAGAUGAAAUAGUAAUAGAAGUAUAAAUGUUAAAUGAGCAUUAAAAAGAUGUUUUAUGCCUAGCUUUUAUGAAACCAUCUGAUUCAUUUAUAUCAGGGAGUGAGGACAAAACCAUAAUAUUAUGGAAAAGAAAUUAAACUUUUUAAUGGCUUUGUCAACAAAAAUUAAAAUAGCAUUUGGACUCUGUUUAUUGUUUAAUACUAUCUAGCAAUGAUGAUCUCAUUAUAUCUGGGAGUAAAGAUAAAACAAUUAGAAUUUGGGAGAGGUGUAGUUAAAAUAAAAUUGCACAAAUUUUGCAAGGAAAAAAAUAAUGGUUAUGCAAGUAAACUAUCUCUAGCCACACUGACUCUGUAUUUAGUUUAGCUAUAAAUGAAACAUCAAAUCAAUUAAUCUCUUGCGGGAAAGAUAAUAAAAUAAUAGUUUUUUAAGUUGAAGAAAAGGGUUGGAUUUAAAAAUAAGUGAUUUCUGUUUAAUCAUUUGGGCUUGGAAUUAGUUUUAUUAACAAUGAUACAUUUUGCAUUUAACCUUAGUAUAGUAAAAAAAUUGAAAUAUACGAGUUGAAGAAUUCUAAUUAUAUCAAAACUAAAGAGAUACAAGUAAAAAUAGGCAGUUGUUCUAAUAAUUUAUUUCCUUAAUAAAUGAUAAAAUCAAAAUAAAUAUUAAUAAAUAAAAAUGGGUCUUGUGUAAAUUUUAUAAGUUUUUCUUCAAAUUUAGAGAAAGUUUAAGAGUAUUCUAUUGAAUUUUCUACAAAUAUGAUUUAUGGAGUAUCAAGUAAUAAUGGUGAAUAUUUAUUUACAUGGGAUUUUGAAUCGAAAUUAAUACAAGUAUGGAAGUAUAAAGAAGAAUGA